GACGUCUACGAGCCGGAGAGAAUCAUCGCGCAGCGCCUCGCGAAAGGUGGCAUCACGCAGUACAACGUGAAGUGGGCCGGCUUCGAGAAUAAGGACAACACGUGGGAGCCCAUCGAGCAUCUCGCCGGCUGCGAGGAUAUGAUCGCGGAGUUCAAGGAGCGCGAGAAG